GUCCCGGGCGGGCGGGAGGUGCACCAGCGGCGGCGGCGGCGGUAAAUCCUCCCGGCCGCUCACAGCACUGUGGAGCCGCGUCCCCAGCCCGGCCUCGGACCGCGGCGCCCCUCCUGCCCCUCGCGGCUCCUCGCCCGCCCGCCCCUCCCCCGGCGCGCCGGCCCUGCCGAGCCGGCCGGCCGGCCUGGCUCCCCUCCCCGGCCCCGACGGGCGGGCGGGCUGCCCUGAGGAGGCGGGGAGGGGAGGGCUGGGCCGGCCGGCGGGCGGGCGACGAUGCCGAACUUCUGCGCUGCCCCCAACUGCACGCGGAAGAGCACUCAGUCGGACCUGGCCUUCUUCAGGUUCCCGCGGGACCCGGCCAGAUGCCAGAAGUGGGUGGAGAAUUGUAGGAGAGCAGAUUUAGAAGAUAAAACACCUGAUCAACUAAAUAAACAUUAUCGAUUAUGUGCCAAACACUUUGAGACCUCUAUGAUCUGUCGAACUAGUCCUUAUAGGACAGUUCUUCGAGAUAAUGCAAUACCAACAAUAUUUGAUCUUACCAGCCAUUUGAACAAUCCACAUAGUAGGCACAGAAAACGAAUAAAAGAAUUGAGUGAAGAUGAAAUCAGGACACUGAAACAGAAAAAAAUUGAUGAAACGUCUGAGCAGGAACAGAAACAUAAAGAAAUAAACAACAGCAGUGCUCAGAAGCCCAGUGCAGAAGAGGGAGGUGAAGAACAGGAUGAAGACAUUUUACCUUUAACCCUUGAGGAGAAGGAAAACAAAGAAUACUUAAAAUCUUUAUUUGAAAUUUUGAUUCUUAUGGGAAAACAAAACAUACCUCUGGAUGGACAUGAAGCUGAUGAAAUCCCAGAAGGUCUCUUUACUCCUGAUAACUUUCAAGCCCUGCUGGAGUGCCGGAUAAAUUCUGGUGAAGAGGUUCUGAGAAAGCGCUUUGAGACAACAGCAGUUAACACAUUGUUCUGUUCGAAAACACAGCAGAAACAGAUGUUGGAGAUCUGUGAGAGCUGCAUCCGGGAAGAAACCCUCAGGGAGGUGAGAGACUCUCACUUCUUUUCCAUUAUCACUGACGAUGUCGUGGACAUAGCAGGGGAAGAGCACCUGCCUGUGUUGGUGAGGUUUGUUGAUGAAUCUCAUAACCUGAGAGAGGAGUUCGUGGGCUUCCUGCCUUAUGAAGCUGAUGCAGAAAUUUUGGCUGUGAAAUUUCACACUACAAUAACUGAGAAGUGGGGAUUAAACAUGGAGUAUUGCCGUGGUCAGGCUUACAUUGUGUCCAGUGGAUUUUCUUCCAAAAUGAAAGUUGUUGCUUCUAGACUUUUAGAGAAAUAUCCCCAAGCCAUCUACACACUCUGCUCUUCCUGUGCCUUAAAUAUGUGGUUGGCAAAAUCUGUGCCUGUUAUGGGAGUGUCUGUUGCAUUAGGAACAAUUGAGGAAGUUUGUUCCUUUUUCCAUCGAUCACCACAACUGCUUUUAGAACUUGACAAUGUAAUCACUGUCCUCUUUCAGAACAAUGAAGAACGGGGUAAAGAACUGAAGGAGAUUUGCCAUUCUCAUUGGACAGGCAGGCAUGAUGCUUUCGAGAUUUUAGUGGACCUCCUCCAGGCACUUGUUUUAUGUUUAGAUGGUAUAAAUAGUGACACAAGUAUUAGAUGGAAUAACUGUAUAGCUGGCCGAGCAUUUGUCCUCUGUAGUGCAGUAACAGAUUUUGAUUUCAUCGUUACCAUUGUUGUUCUUAAAAAUGUUCUAUCUUUUACAAGAGCCUUUGGGAAAAAUCUCCAGGGGCAAACCUCUGAUGUCUUCUUUGCAGCCAGUAGCUUGACUGCAGUGCUGCAUUCACUAAAUGAAGUGAUGGAAAAUAUUGAAGUUUAUCAUGAAUUUUGGUUUGAGGAAGCCACAAAUUUGGCAACCAAACUUGAUAUUCAAAUGAAGCUCCCUGGGAAAUUCCGCAGAGCACAGCAAGGUAACCUGGAAUCUCAGCUAACCUCUGAGGGUUACUAUAAAGAAACUCUGAGUGUCCCAACAGUGGAACACAUUAUUCAGGAACUGAAAGAUAUAUUCUCAGAACAGCACCUCAAAGCUCUUAAAUGCUUAUCUCUGGUCCCGUCUGUCAUGGGACAGCUCAAGUUCAACACGUCAGAGGAGCAUCAUGCUGACAUGUACAGAAGCGACUUACCCAAUCCUGACACGCUCUCGGCCGAGCUGCACUGUUGGAGAAUCAAGUGGAAACACAGAGGGAAAGAUAUAGAGCUUCCAUCCACCAUUUAUGAAGCCCUCCAUCUGCCAGACAUCAAGUUUUUUCCUAAUGUUUAUGCACUGCUGAAGGUCCUUUGUAUCCUUCCUGUGAUGAAGGUUGAGAAUGAACGCUAUGAAAACGGGCGGAAGCGUCUCAAAGCAUACCUGAGGAACACUUUGACAGACCAAAGGUCGAGUAACUUGGCUUUGCUUAACAUAAAUUUUGAUAUAAAACAUGAUCUGGAUUUAAUGGUGGACACAUAUAUCAAACUCUAUACAGCUAAGUCAGAGCUUCCUACAGAGAAUUCAGAAACCAUUGAGAAUACCUAAGAGACUUUUGAAGUAGGCUUUCUCUUAUAUUUGAUAUUUGAAAAAAUCUGUAAGAAAUUUGAAAACAUCUUACAGAAAAUCUGUAAGGUAUGUGUAGGCCACUUAAUCACUGAAUAUCUUGACCUAUAGGCCUCCCAUUGAGUACAUUAGCCAUUGAUAAUCUGCCUAUUUGGAUGGCUCCUGUUUCAACUCUCGUGCUUUGGAGACCUAACUGUUCUUCCAGAAGAUAGCGUUGAAAGUGCCGUGUUACAGUUCUGCGUGAUCUCUGCUAAUGGCACUUGGGAAUUGUUUUAGUUAAGUCAUUUUAGACAUCACAUUUAUUAUCACUGUGGAUCUAAUUGUCAGGUAUUGAGUUAUCAGUUUUUUGAAGAAAUAAAUUUUGAGGAGGUGUGGGAGGAAGGAAUACAUUUUUUAAAAUGUUACAAUGAAGCUUACAAUUGACCUUUGAAUAGUAGGAGUUUUACGUAUGUUGUUAAAAAUCUGUAAUGGACAGUUAAGGGAAUUACCAGACAGUGAGAAAAACAUGUGAACUCACCAAACAAGGAUUUCAGUGUAGAUUUUCUCUCUCUCAAAUGAACUUAAAAGAACAGAUUACAGUUAAAGUUUGGAUGGAAGAGCCUGCCAUUGUUGUUCCACGUCUGGUUGUUGCUGUUUACAUUCCCUCCAGCUCCAUAAGCUUUUCAGCAGGUCUCUGUUGAACACCUCUGCUUCAUGGUCAGCACAGGAUCAGAGGCCAUGGAUACCGACAACUGAUGUCUCCGUCUUCUCUCUUUUUCCAUGACUAUAUCUACUGCCUCGUCUUGAUUUAUAAGCAACACCUGGAAAACCUACAAAAAUACUCAUUUUGUGGUUUAUCUAGGAAUAAUACAGAAAAUAUUGCUGUUAUUUUUGGUGAAGAAAAUCAAUUUUGUAUAGUUUAUUUCAACCUAAAUAAAAUGUGAAUUUUGUUUAAA